CACUGCACAGAGGGUGCGUCGAUACUCUCGCACCCCCGUCUGGCACAUUAUCAAUACCAGCGCUGGAUAUAUUGUGUGAAAGAGAUUUUCCGUUUUACGCUCAGUGCUACGCGAAACCAUGUCUGCCGAGGGAGCGCCCGCAGCGCCAGGAGGUGCCGGCCUGACGCCAGGGGAGGAUGGCGCCAUCGUGGGCGGGCCCAGGACCCCGCAGCAGAUAGCCGCGCAGAAGAGGCUCCAGCAGACACAGGCGCAGGUCGACGAGGUUGUUGAUAUCAUGAAAACUAAUGUCGAGAAAGUACUUGAGCGAGAUCAGAAACUAUCAGAACUUGACGAUCGAGCAGAUGCCCUCCAGCAAGGAGCCUCACAAUUUGAACAACAAGCAGGAAAGCUGAAGAGGAAGUUUUGGUUGCAAAAUCUCAAAAUGAUGAUUAUAAUGGGAGUUAUUGGAUUGGUUAUAUUAGCUAUAAUUGUUGUUAAACUGAUGCCUGAUUCAGCUCCUGUAGCACCUCCACCACCACCACCACCUCCUGGAAUGACUCAGAAUAUGGGACAGAUACCUCCUCAGGCUCCACAGGAACCUCCAAAAGCUCGCUAAGGGAAAAUAAUUAUCCACAAGCAUAUUUCAUCUUACAUAUUCAAAGAAAGCCAUUUCUCUUUCAUUUUAACUUAUUACUCUUCUUUUGAAAGGUCUGACUUGUAUUUGAUACUACAAUAUGUGCUGUUAUGUUUAUGAAUUACCCUAUAUUGCAUAUACUAUCAAGAACACCGGGGUGCAAGCACCUAGAUUUACCUUUGUGAAAGUUCACGGGUAUUGUUGUCUUGUUAACGAAUAUAUGAUAACCAUAAUAUAUUAUUACAUGUAAAAAGUUAUGUAUAGUUUGUUAUGACAACUUUUGCCAUUAAAUUUAUGGUGCAUA